CUGGACGGACAGCGCCACACACAUUGCCCGUGGAUUCGUCCUCUGUGAAAGUUGUCGCCGUUCCACGUCUCGUAGCGGGUGUUUUUCUUUUUGUCAGACACUUUUUGUGUCACAUUAAUGAGUCAUUAGUUUAUUGAUUUACUCGCGGUGGAGAGAUGACGUCCAGGGGGACGCCGAGUCGCUUCCUGAGGAGCGUUCUUCAGAACGGCGUGGGCCGAUACGUCUGCCAGCUCAAACGGAUCUCCAUCAUCUUCUCCAAAAAGGCCCAGAGCUCGCUGGGAAUCAGGGACUUUAUUGAAGAGGGAGUGGUGGAUUAUGCCAAGAAGAACCCCGGCACCGUCGUGUACGUGUCUCCGCAAUCCUGCAGGAUUCCCAAGAUAGUCGCAGAGUACUUAAACGGCAACGUGAGGGAAGAACUCGUCACAAACAAAACAGCUCCGCAGAUUUCAGAGCUUUUGACUAAACUGACCGAUCAGUCGGGCCUGGACAUCAUCCGCAUCCGCAAGCCCUUCCACACGGACAACCCCAGUAUCCAGGGCCAGUGGCACCCGUUCACCAACCGGCCGCCGACCAUCGGCCCCAUCAGGCCGCAGAAACAGGACGCACCAUAAGGACUAAAAGUUAAAGUCAAACAGUUUGGAUGUUUCCGUCUGUGUCAGUUAAUGUUGAGAGAUUUGCUCCGUUGUCUGCACAGGUCAAGUAGUUCUCAUGCUUUGCAGCAGUUUUCCCAGAAGACGCCACUGCAGACUGAAUGUUUUUUUACCGUGACCUUCCUUCCUUCUGGCUGCGGCAGCAAAGCCACUUGAGCCGUGCAGAGGAGCAAAUGCAGUCCCAGCUCUUGAAUGCCACGUUUGAAUAGACUUUACAUGAAUUUACCACCAGAGGCUUUUUCAGCCAGCAUGUUCAAAAGUAGAUAUUUACGGUUGUUUGGAGAUUCAUGUAAUAAGUUCAACGCAUAAGAGCAGAUGCAGCUUUGUAUGAAAUAAAAAAAGAAAUUGUGCAAGUGCA